CAAACGAUAUGGGAAAAAUUUACCAAAAAAAAAAAUCAAGAAGCAUCAAUCGUGACUUCACGGUGUCUGCUCCGUUCAACGCGCACAACUCUUGGCUUCUUGGGAUUUUAAGAAAAUGGCGUUCUUGGCGAAUCCAUUAUCGCUGAGCGUUCCAGAGGCCGCUUUCGAGUCAUGGCUUCGGGACAGUGGCUAUCUCGAAGUCCUCGACGAACGAACCACCAUCCUCGACCUUUCCUUCCCCUCCGACCGAGAUGGUAGCUCUACCAGCAUCGCCACCUCCCCUUCCUCCGCCACCAAUUAUAGCUUCUUCCACUUCAUCUUUUCUUACUUGGGCACCUUAUUCUCUCUCUUCACUCUCAACCCUUUCGCCAAGCUCACUUCCGAUGACUUUGCCGGCGAUGCCCCAUCCUGGACAAUUGGGUUUUUUGGUUGUUUGGACUCCUAUUCUAUUCCCUCCUCUCCUUCCCAGGCCAGGUUGAGGGUUCAAGAGAAUGUCAAGCGUUACGCUCGCAACUAUGCCACCCUUGCCGUUAUCAUCUUUGCCAUCGCUCUGUAUCAGAUUCCAGUUGCCCUUUUGGGAUUGAUAUCUUGCUUGGCUCUUUGGGAUUUGUUUCGCUUCUGUAGCGAUAAGUGGGGAUUGGAACGCUACCCGUCAAUUCGCCAGAGUUUGGUCCGAAUUGCCCAAUUUGCAACUGCAGUUGUUCUCUACUGUACCCAAGUUCAGCUGGCUCUCUUUUGUGCAGUUGGUGUCAGUUAUGCAGUUUUGGUUUUGCAUGCCUCACUUCGGAAGUUAACUACUACGAGGCUACUCACUCAGGCGGAUGGACAUAAAAGGUUUCAGCAGAGCAAAUACAGAAGCUGAUUACCUUUGGCAUCUCUACAAAAAUGCAGGCCCAAAUCAAAGCAAAUUUGAUGGUACCUUCCAUUUUUUUUUUUUUUUUUUUUGGGAUGAAUAUGAUAGCCUCUAUUAACACCAUGUAGAGAAGCUUUUAUGGGAGGAUUGGGGUUAUUCUUCUUACUCUUAGCUGUUGUCCAUACCUGUCAGGAAACUGAAAGAUGAUCCGAAAUUGCUUUCAUGACAUUAUGUUGUCUACAUUAAAAAACAGACGUUAUGUUAUCUACAUUUCCAAAAACGUAUGGGUACCACUG